UUGAAGUAAAUUUCAACUGCACCAAUUGAUGAACAAUUCAUCACUAAGUCAUGAAUGGUUUUCAACAGCGGAAGGAGGUGUCUAUUACUCGAAUAAAAACAAUUCCAUCGAUGAUUUCACCACUCAAAAAUCGUCAAUCUCGGAGGAUCAAGAAACUAGUGAACUGUCUAUAACUCCAGAUAGUACUCGUUCUUAUUUCUAUUGGGGAAUUAGCAAAAGUAAAGUCUCGAAGAUCGAUUUUUCGCUCAUCACACCUUUGGAAAAUUGCCCAAUUGGUUCCAAGAGAGGAGCAAUUGAUCAUCAUCAGCCCAAAUUGAAUAAUAACAAAAGCAUCUCUUCAUCUUCACCUCGUUUUCUUUCUUUUAAUAAUAAUAAUAAUAUGGAUUCAGUAUUUCCUAGUCAUCAAGGAAGUAAAAUAGAUGCUGUAGAUGAGAUGUAUAUGUCAGAUGACAAGUUUUUCCCAUAUCUAAAAUCUAAGUAUAAUAGAGCGAUGAAAAGAAUUCCUUCAGUAGAUGAAGAUCACAUAAUUGCAGAGAGGAAGCGCAGAGAGAAACUCAGCCAGAGGUUCGUCGCUCUUUCAGCCAUUCUUCCAGGGCUAAAAAAGGUGGACAAAGCUUCAAUUCUUGAGGAAGCAAUCAAACAUGUGAAAGAGAUUAAAGAAAAGGUGAAAGCAUUGGAAGAAGAGAAAAAGAGUAGGCCGUCCAAGCAGGAAUCAGUACUUAUAUUUGUGAAUAAAUGUAAGCUGGAAAUGGAAGAAGCUGAUGAUGAGUACUCUUCAUCUGAUGAAAACAAUAAUGGCUUAUCCUCCGACGGCGCAGACAUUGAAGUAAGAUUCUCAGAUAAUAAUGUAUUGAUCAGAAUUACCUGUGCGCGGCGCAACGCAUUCGUGCUGAAUAUCCAUAACGAAAUAGAGAAGCUUCAUCUUACAAUUGUUCAAAGCUGUAUGAUGCCAUUUGGGAAACAAGCAAUUGAUAUCACACUAGUCGCUCAGAUGGACGAGAGUUUCUGCAUGACACUAAAGGAUCUUGCGAAGCAUGUACGAAUGGUCACUGGGAGGUUGAUGACCCAAGCAUAACCCUUUCUCUAGGAAGUUAUAAAAUAUGUAACCUAUAUCUGAACAAUCAUAUAAUUAAUAUUGGAAAAGCAACAGAGUUUUGGUUUGUAAGAUGAUGUUUAUGUUCUCCUUGGCAAGUUACGGUAACAGGUAGUUAUGUGAGAAUGUUUGCAUAACUCAAAGGCUCCCUUUCAAAAAAAAAAAGAAGUGAGAGUAU